AUGGCCACCGGAAUCGUAAUCGUUCAACAAUACCAGCGCAUGGUGGUGCAGCGUUUCGGCACUUACAUCGGAAACAAAAGUCCGGGCAUACACCUGUUGAUUCCGUUCCUUUACCAAGGCACCAAGGUGGACCUCCGCGAACGCGUAACGCGGGUUCCCACCCAGAAAUACAUCACCGUGGAUAACGUGGUGGUAGACAUGGACUUCGUAAUCUACUACCGGGUGAUGGAAGAUCAGGUGGACCGGGCGGUGCUGGAGGUACAAAACUUCGAGCAGGCCGUUAUCAACCUGGCCUUUGCCACCCUGCGUGCCGUCAUCGGAGCCAUUGAACUGGCCACCGCGCUGUCGGAACGCGAACGCAUCCGUGACGAAGUUCAACUGCGGAUGGACGAGGUGACCAGCCGGUGGGGCGUCAAGGUUUCUCAGGUCGAGAUCAACGAGGUUGACCCGGCCCAGGGCGUGAAAGCUGCGAUGGAACGCCAGAAAUCUGCCGAAGGCAUUAAAACCGCUGAGAUCACCGAGUCAGAAGGUCAGCGGCAGGCCCAGAUCAACCGCGCCGAGGGUGAAAAGCAGUCUGCCAUCCUGCAGGCAGAAGGUCUGCGGCAGGCGGACAUUUUGCAGGCCCAAGGUGAACAGCAGGCCACUGUGCUGCGCGCCGACGGGUUCAGCGCCGCACUGGAACGCAUCUAUAAUGUAGCCAGAACCGUCGAUGCCCGCACCAUGAGCCUGCAAUAUUUCGACACGCUGAAGUCCCUGGGCUCCAGUCCGUCAACCAAGUUCAUCUUCCCCAUGGAGUUCACCUCCAUGCUGUCCCCGUUCCUUGGGAUGGGCAAUAACAACCAGGGCGGCGACAACAACUCCAACGCUAGCGGCAACUCCGACGGCAACGAUAACAACCGCCAAUAA